AUGGCAAGGAGCCCUCUCGAAGCCUUUGCUUCAGCCUCUCCAUGUUCUGAGAGAGGAGGAGCCAGGUCUGCAGCACUUUCAGCCUCUGUCCUGUCUGCAUCCUAUGGCUUGAGCCUAAACUUGCCUAUUUUCCCUGGCUGCAUGGAGCAGCAGAGCCAAGAUACCUCCCUGGUCAGAAAGGAUGCCUGGACUCAGACUUCCCCAGCCAGGAGAAGGAUCAGGCCCACUCAAGUCCAGGGUGCAGGUCAGCUGAAGCUGUCCAUUGAUGCCCAGGACCGGGUUCUGCUUCUCCACAUCAUAGAAGGCAAAGGCCUGAUGAGCAAGGAACCCGGCGUCUGUGAUUCCUACGUGAAGAUUUCUUUGAUCCCUGAAGAUAAUCGACUAUGCCGCCAGAAGACACAGACCAUUCCGGACUGCAGAGAUCCUGUUUUCCAUGAGCACUUCUUCUUUCCUGUCCAAGAGGAAGACGAACAGAAGCGCCUCCUGGUCGCUGUGUGGAACAGGGCAGGUGACUCCAGACAGAGUGGACUUAUCGGCUGCAUGAGCUUCGGGGUGAAGUCCCUCCUGACUCCGGAAAAGGAGAUCAAUGGCUGGUACUACCUGCUGGGGGAGGACCUGGGCCGGACCAAACACCUGAAGGUGGCCAGGCGGAGACUGUGGCCCCUGAGAGAACCGUUGUUGAGCAUGCCAGGAGGUGAGGAUGCUGAGAACGGGGAGAAACUCAAGAUCACCAUCCCACGGGGGAAGGACGGCUUUGGCUUCACCAUCUGCUGUGACUCUCCGGUCCGAGUCCAGGCUGUGGAUUCCGGGGGCCCGGCGGAGCGGGCAGGGCUGCAGCAGCUGGACACGGUGCUUCGGCUGAACGAGAGGCCCGUGGAGCACUGGAAAUGCGUGGAGCUGGCCCACGAGAUCCGGAGCUGCCCCAGCGAGAUCAUCCUGCUUGUAUGGCGCAUGGUCCCCCAGGUCAAGCCCGGGCCAGAUGGAGGGGUCCUGCGACGGGCCUCCUGCAAGUCGACCCUUGACCUCCUGUCGCCCCCCAGUAAGCGGGAGAAGAACUGCGCGCACGGGGCCCAGGCCCGUCCGGAGCACCGCCACAGCUGCCACCUGGUGUGCGACAGCGCGGAUGGGCUGCUGCUCGGCGGCUGGGAGCGCUGCACGGAGCUGGCCAAGCGCGGGGGCCAGCACACCCUGCCCGCGCUGUCCCGCGCCACGGCCCCCGCCGACCCCAACUACAUCAUCCUGGCCCCGCUGAACCCCGGGAGCCAGCUCCUGCGGCCUGUGUACCAGGAGGACACCAUCCCCGAAGAAUCAGGGAGUCCCAGUAAAGGGAAGUCUUACACGGGCCUGGGGAAGAAGUGUCGGCUGAUGAAGACGGUGCAGACCAUGAAGGGCCACGGGAACUACCAGAACUGCCCCGUCAUGAGGCCACACACCCCGCACUCAAGCUAUGGCACCUACGUCACCCUGGCCCCCAAGGUCCUGGUGUUCCCCGUCUUUGUCCAGCCUUUAGAUCUCUGUAACCCCGCCCGGACCCUCCUGUUGUCGGAGGAGCUGCUGCUAUACGAGGGGCGAAACAAGGCUGCCGAGGUGACGCUGUUUGCCUACUCAGACCUGCUGCUCUUCACCAAGGAGGAUGAGCCGGGCCGCUGCAACGUCCUAAGGAACCCUCUCUACCUCCAGAGCGUGAAGCUGCAGGAAGGUUCUUCAGAAGACCUGAAAUUCUGUGUGCUGUAUCUCGCAGAGAAGGCAGAGUGCUUAUUCACUUUGGAAGCGCACUCGCAGGAGCAGAAGAAGAGAGUGUGCUGGUGCCUGUCGGAGAACAUCGCGAAGCAGCAGCAGCUGGCGGCUCCAUCCCCCAACAGCAAGAUGUUUGAGGAGUCAGAGGCGGAUGAGAAGAAGGAAAUGCCCGGGGAGGAAGGGAAGGGGCCGGGUGCCAACGACCCCUCACCCAGGAAAGACCCCUCUCCUGGCCAGGAGCCUCUUCCUGGACAAGAGCUUCCACCCAAAGAGGACUCCUCUUCUGGCCAGAAACCUUCUGCUGGCCCAGGAUCAAUGCCCAGCAAAGACUCACCUUCUGGCAAAGAACCUUCUGUGGGCCAGGAAUGCUUGCCCAGAAAGGACUCCCCACCAGGCCAGGAACACCCUGCAGCCGCAGUCUUCUCUCCGUGCCAGGACAUUCCUGCUGGGCGAGAACCCUCUCCCGGCCAAGACCCUCUAAUCAGCAAAGACCUCCCUGCCCUCCAGGAACCCCCUGCCCAGGACCUUCCGCCCCGUCAAGACCUGCCCCCGGGCCAGGCCCCCCUGGCAGCUGAGCCCCUUGCUGAGGAGACCACGAGCUCCGGGUACCCACCAGCAGCCACAGGGAACCCGCCCGUGGCCUCCAAGCCGAACUUCGUGAUCCCCGAGGUCCGGCUGGAUAGCACCUACAGCCAGAAGGCAGGGGCGGAGGGGGGCAGCUCGGGCGACGAGGAGGACGCAGAGGAGGCCGAGGAGGGGGAGGAGGACGAGGAUGAGGACACAAGCGAUGACAACUACGGAGAGCGAGGGGAGGCCAAGCGCAGCAGCAUGAUCGAGACGGGCCAGGGAGCCGAGGGCGGCCUCUCGCUGCGCGUUCAGAACUCGCUGCGGCGCCGGACGCACAGCGAGGGCAGUCUGCUGCAGGAGAACCGCGGGCCCUGCUUCUCCUCCGACACCACCCUGCACUGCUCGGAUGGCGAGGGCACCACGGCCGCCUGGGCCAUGCCUUCCCCCCGCACCCUCAAGAAGGAACUGGGCCGCAAUGGAGGCUCAAUGCACCACCUUUCCCUCUUUUUCACAGGACACAGAAAGAUGAGCGGGCCUGACACAGUAGGGGAUGAUGAUGACACCUCCCGGAAGAGAAAGAGCAAAAACCUAGCCAAGGACAUGAAGAACAAGCUGGGCAUCUUUAGGCGGCGGAACGAAUCCCCUGGGGCCCAGCCAACGGGCAAGACAGACAAAGUGAUGAAGUCAUUCAAGCCCACUUCAGAGGAAGCGCUGAAAUGGGGCGAGUCCUUGGAGAAGCUGCUGGUCCACAAGUAUGGUCUAGCGGUGUUCCAGGCCUUCCUCCGCACUGAGUUUAGUGAGGAGAACCUGGAAUUCUGGCUGGCAUGCGAGGACUUCAAGAAGGUCAAGUCACAGUCCAAGAUGGCGGCCAAGGCCAAGAAGAUCUUUGCCGAGUACAUCGCCAUUCAGGCGUGCAAGGAGGUAAACCUGGACUCAUACACACGGGAGCACACCAAGGACAACCUGCAGAGCGUGACCCGGGGCUGCUUCGACCUGGCCCAGAAGCGCAUCUUUGGGCUCAUGGAGAAGGACUCGUACCCACGCUUCCUCCGCUCGGACCUCUACCUGGACCUCAUUAACCAGAAGAAGAUGAGUCCCCCGCUCUAG